AUGAAUAACCAACAACACAAUUAUAACUGUCAAUUUUGUAAAUUAAGAUAAAGCAAGUUUAUUUAGAAAGAAAUACAUGAAAAGUAUUUGAUUAAUAUGAAUAAUUAGAUACUUUGAUUAGUUUAAUUUCUAUUUUGCUAAACCAAUUACAGAAAUAUUAGCAAAUGUUCCUGUAGAUCAUGUAAUUUUGUUUAAAGACUAAUUGUACUUGCAUGAUGAAAACGAAUAUAUGAAACGUUUUUAUUAAAGAGAAGAGUAAGAUCCAAGAUUAAAUUUACUUUGCAAUUUCUACUUUGAGUAACAUAAAGUAAAUAAUUAAACAUAAUAUAACUAUAGAUAAUAUAACCAAAUUUAUGUAAAGUUAAUGCUCAUAAGUUUAUGGAGAAGAGAUAGAAUAAAUUGUUAAAAUUACAAUAAAAAGCAUAAAAUAAUUAGAAUCAACAACCAAUCACUAAAAAAAUGAUUCCAGAUCAUAUAUUUAGUGAGAAUUAUGUUGAAUCUGUAUCUGAGUAGUAUCGACAUACUUAUUUAGUUCCUAUCCGAAGGAACAAAUUUCUUGGGACAGCAAAUCUCAUAAUAUCUAUGAGAUAUCAUAAGUAGAAGCAUAGAAAUCAUUACCAUAAAAUAAACCAACAUAAUAAUAAUGUUAAUGUUCAAUUAUUAAUACAUCUGGAGAUCAUAAUAAAUUGUUUAAUUGUUAAAAUGAUUAAGAACUUGAUAAUAUCUUUAAUGAUUUUAAUAUCUAGACAUCAAAGAAUUUAUCAUCUAUAACUAAGAUUCCACUAAAGAAGAAAUUGCCAACUAGUGCAAAUGUUAAGAAGAAUCCUCCAUCUUAAUAAUCUCAAUAGCCUAAAUUACUUAUACCACCUUUGAAAUUAUAAGAGAGUAUUAAAUCUUCAACAACUACAGUUGUUAAUAAUAAUAAUAAUAAAUCCACUAGUAUUUAAUCUUUAAUGAAGAAAUAUGAUCAAAUAUUGUAAAAAAGAUUUUAAGUGAAAGAAAUUUUAACAGAACGUAAUGAUACAAGACAUGUUGAAGCAUAUGGUUCAAAUUAUGGCAAUGGUACUGUUAGAGCAGAAGGUGGAUCUUCUAGAAAACAAAUUACAGAUGAAAUGCUACUUAAACUUAUUUAAAAUAUGAAGAAAUCUAAAAAUAAAUCUGACAAUUAUUAAUUUCAUGCAUCUUACAAAAGCAUUAUUCAAUAGGUAUAAAGUGGACCUACUUAAUCAUGUACAUUUGAAAAAGAAAAUGAAAAAAAGAAAAAAUAUCAAGUUUAUUUGGUAUUAUUUUAUUAUUAAUAGAGUAGCCAAAAUAAAUUAAAAAGAAUCCAUCACAGAUGUCUUCACCAACAACUGUAUAAAAGUAAUGAAUAUCAUUUAUUUUAGUACUUGUUCUCCUUCUAUGUUAUUAAGAUCACUUUCAAAUCCAUCUAUGGCUCCUUCACCUUUGCGUAGAUUGGAAAUAAAAGUUAAUCUAAAUAAAUUAAUUUAAUAAUAAGAAUAAGAAAUUGGGUAUUGGACUUAAAGAUGCAAGGUUCGUUGA